AUGGACGCCACUGCCCUCAACCAACUCACCUACCCCAAGCUCCAAAAGCUUGCACAGUCCCACGGCGUCAAAGCCAACAGGAAAAAGGUCACUAUCAUCCAAGACCUCCUCGAUCGGUACCCAGAUGGCGUACCCAGCGCGCCCUCGCAAACCAGGAGGGCCACGCGCCCUCGUGAGCCCCCCAUCGCUCCUCUGCCCUCCGAAAACGUCGCAGGGCCCUCUGUUCCCAGGGGCACGAUGUCACCCCCUCCCCCCGCAACUGAAGUCCAUCGUGCUUCUCGUCCCGCUGCUGGGCCACCAUCUCCCAGACGCGACGUUGCUUCCCCUCGGCCUGAGAUUACCUCUCCAUCCCCUCGGCCUGACGCAACUCCUGUCAUGCCACCUCGCUUCCGCACUGGUGUCGGCCGCAGCCGGUCAGCGACUCAUGACUCGCCCGUUCCUCAGGCGAACGCCGGUCCGAUCCCACAAGCCCUCUUUCCCGCCGGUGACUCCCCGUAUGAGCCACAUCCAGCACCGCCAUCGCACGGUAACAGGACCAUACCGGCGAACACAGAACGCGAGAACGAGCGGGGUGCGCGCUCGCCAAUGCGUCGGCCGAGAUCGACGCACCGUGAUACCCGCUCGCCGGUGUAUCGUUCUGUGAGCCCGCCACCAUUCGCACCUGGGCCAGCACGAUCUUCCCAUUCGCGCCACCACCUCCCUCCUCAACCGCAAUCGGCGCCACAUCCCUACAGCCAGCCGUACCCCCAGUCCCAGUGGUACCCCAACCUCAACCCGUAUUCCUCGCUCUACCCCCCAAGCCAGCCUCCCCCCGUCCAUCAAUCGUACACCGCCCCUCACUACCCUCACCUGCCUCCCCUUCACCUGCCACCCUACGCCGGGGCCCUCCCCCACUGGAGUCAUGACUCCAACGCAUAUCCCCAGGGGUACCCCAUCAUCCCGGCGAUUCCUCCGUCGUUUGGCAUGGGGAGCAGCACACGCAGGGGGGAGACUGUCGCAGACACGGCGGCUAUGCGGCAGCUGACGGAAACGAUGCAGUAUGUGGCCGAAUUAAACCAGGCCGCAGCCAACAUGCUGCCGGGGAUCACGCAGGCUGCAGAUCGCCUGAACGACCAGGUGACGCGCUACCGGGAUCAAGUGCGCGCGGAGGGGGCGCACAGAAUGCGCUUGCAGGAGAUGCUGACGCGCUUUGUGCACAACUCUGGCAACGGCGAGGUGGGGCAGGCAGCCGACGAAGACAGCUGGCGACGGGGGCAUGGCGAAGGCCCGCAGGCCGCAGCGGAACAGUGGGUCGCGGAACAGAGGCGCGUCGAGGCGAUGCACGGUCGCGCUUCGAGGCAAGCCGCUUCUCCGGGACUGGUCAGAGCGGGUCAAGAGAUCCUGGAUUCCCUGGACCUCCAGGCAGCCGUGCUGCCACCAGCGCCAGCGUCUCCCAGAGGCGUGGCGGCGGAAGCUAUCGCGGCGUUCGAGGCGGCCGUUGUCGCGCCCUUUGCUCCGACCCAUGACGAGGCGGUCAUAUCUCGUGAGGAAACCCGCGAGUCAGCCAUGGGCCAUGAGGACGCUCGUGAGGCGAGCGUGCCCCGGGAAGACAACCGCGAGUCGGACAUGGCCCGUGAAGACGAUCGUGAGGCGAGCGUGCCCCGGGAGGACGACCGCGAGUCGGCCAUAGCCCGUGAAGACGAUCGUGAGGCGAGCCUGCCUCGCGAGAACGAUGAACCGGAUCACGGCGACUCGCAUUCCCAUCCCGGCUCGCCGAACCCUGUCGAGGAGGAGGGAGGGCCGAUGCCUGUAUCUCCCAAGCCUUGGUCGCGCUAUGACCAGGUCUACACAGGCUCGAUCAAGAGCUCGAGCGGUGGCAGCUGGCGCGCCAGCUCACCCUUCGAGGACCACGACCAUGAUUCCUUCCCCGGCUCGCCCUUGCCCUCUGCCCAUAUAGAUCCCAUCGGGGAGGAUGAGACUACCCUAGAGCGAGAGCCAACCCCAGAGCGGGAAGUCACCCCGUCCGCCCAUUCUGGCUCGAGUCCCCGCGGGGUGAAGCGCAAGCGCUACCAACCGCCCUCCGAACCGCUUUCCGAACCACCCUCCCAAUCCCCCUCCCGAUCCUCCUCCCGAUCCCCCUCGCCCAUGAUCUCGCUGCCGUCGGACAUGCUCACCCCGCCCUCGGAGGCAGGCGCCACGAUCUACGACGGGAAACCCGAGCCCGGCGACGAAGAGGAUCUGGGCUCCGCCUCGUCUGGCUCCGUCGACCGGUUCGGCACCUUCAAGCGGCGGCGGCUCGUGGGCUCCGUCGCCUCGUCGCCCGACAACGACCGCGGUUGGACGUGGGGUGUGGCCGAGAUGCGGAGGCUCGUCACCUUCGGCCACGUCGACGAGGACAUCCCCCGCGGGUACGACAGCGGCGACGAGAGGCUGAGCAGCGACGGGGAUAGCACGGAGUCCGGAGAGGUGUUCGGCCUCGGGGAGUCUAGCGACGACGAGUACUGAUCCGGGCGGCCGGGGUGUGGUGGCGCGGGUGGCCCGCAAUUUUUGUUUUCAAUCUGCUAUCUUGCUUUCAUGAGGUUUCUUUCUCUUGCUUCGUUUUUUCUUUUCCUCGAUGACUAGAAGCCGCGUUUCUGCUGCCAAUGGACUUCUGCAUCACGCUGAUAUUUAUUUGUUAUUUAUACCGUUUAUAUUGCGCCCUCAUACAUCGUUAUCUCUCGACCGUAAUUCAUUCUGACGGGGGGAUCUGAUGUC